CAAUGAUGCAAUGGUGGGGUGGGGUGCCAUCGAACUCGUUCCAUGCGUGUCGAUAUAAAGAAGCCGCGAUCAUCAUACUAGUUUGAUCCAUGCCAGUUCAUCUUAAAGUGCUUCAUCGUCCAUUCGGCAGUGACUUCUCACCGAUAUAUAACUCAACCUUGAAACUCAACUUUGAACACUCCGAUCUUAUAAUAGCAGUUGAAAUUUGAAAUAUAAAAAAACAGAAAUGGCCGCCAAGAUCCUCAUUGUCCUUACAUCUCAUGACAAGCUCGGCGACACCGGCAAGCCAACAGGCUGGUAUCUGUCCGAACUCGCCCAUCCCUACGCCGUCUUCAAAGAGCACAACAUCGACAUGGUGCUCGCCUCACCCAACGGUGGGGCAGCACCGCUGGACCCGUCCUCGGUCGACGCAGCCGCCAAGGACUCUGUGUCAACCUCAUUCCUGAACGAGCAGAAACAGCUUUGGCAAACGACGCAGCCAGUCGAGCACUUCCUAGGCCGCGCGGACGAGUUUGCCGCCAUUUUCUUCCCCGGCGGCCACGGCCCCAUGUUCGAUCUGGCCACGCAUGGGCCCACGCAGGCGCUGAUCCGCGAGUUUGCCUCUCGCGACAAGAUCAUUGCCGCCGUCUGCCACGGCCCGGCUGCCCUGGUCAAUGUAACGGCUGCUGCGGAUUCCAAGGAGCUGUUGUUGGCCGGGAAGAAGGUGACAGGGUUUUCAAAUGCGGAGGAGGCUGAGGUUGGCUUGGACAAGGCCAUGCCGUUCCUGUUGGAGGAUAAGUUGGUUGAAGCUGUGGGGAAGAGUGGGAAGUAUGAGAAGAGCGCGGAUAAGUGGGGGGAGAAGGUGGUUGUGGAUGGAAAGUUGAUUACAGGGCAGAAUCCGGCUAGUGCGAAGGGAUUGGGAGAGGCGGUUGUGAAGGCUGUUUUGGGGAAGUGAGGGUGUUUCCUGACUUCUAAGUUUCUAUCGCUCGUGUUUUAGCAAGCUCUUGCUGUUGGGCUAUCUGCUUAUCUGCUUACUUUCUGAGUCUAUCUUUCCCGGCUCCCCUGAAUAUCAAGAAAGAGCAAAAAUAAGAUGGAAGCAACAUAUCAUUUUCAAUGCCCAUUGCCCAGUCAUUCUCAUUGUUCAUUGUCACUAUGUACCUGAACCUCUUGGCACACCCAACAAUACCCGGCUCUUCACAUGGUAGCAAGAAGAUACUUC